AUGCCGUCAAACAGUACUUCGAUCAAUGAAAUAUCGUCUAAUGAAACUCAAGGUGCCAUUGCUUACAUCGUUGUUGUGAUCGUAUGGUACGGGAUAGGAUUUGGUAUAAUUUUACUCGAUAAUAUCCGUCAACGAACUCACCAGACACAACAGCAUCGUUACAAGAAUGUUUAUCAGGCAGUCAAUGAUUUAUAUGAGCAAACAGCACGAAAAGAUAUCUUAAUUCAGCUGAAAGAUAACGAUAAACGACAGAAAAUUUGGAAUAUUUAUUAUAGUACUGAAAAAAGUUGUCAAUCCACCGUGGAAAAAGAUAAAGAAGCAGGUCAUUCGAUUACAAAACAAUUGACCGAGCAACAUCGUUUACUUCGAAAUACUUUAAACGAUCUAAGUUUGGAUCCAGUCGACGAUGAUGAAACUGAAUGA